AUGGUGGAGGCAUCAGGUGAUGUCGGAGAAACAUUGCGAUUGAAGGCGUACAUACUUAGCUCCGAUUCAACGAUUGGUGAAGGCGUACUUAACUGGGAUACGAUCGGGGAAGAUACGGAUACGGAUUGUGCACGCCCAUCACUUUUGUUGGGCCCUUUUUCAAUCCUUUCAUCGACCCUUCCUGGACAUAACCAAACCAGAACAAAGGACAUUGCUUCGCCUCAAAGGAUAUAUCCUCAAUCGCACUUCUUCGCGGUCAAGGUGAAGCUACUUUAUCGCGGUCACUGUGUUAGAGGAAAAAAGCAGUGCGUCGAACCGGACUAAGCGAGAGAGACACGAGCGGAGUUUUUUUUCGACGCAGUUCCUUCGAUCGAGGGAAAGGACCGACCA